AUGAAUUCACAAUUUAGACCUGAUCCUUCUAAACUUAAUCCUAAAUUCGAAAGCUACAAAUUAAGCGCUUUUCCUGAAUCUAAACUAUUUCGAACAUCAUUAACUUUACAACCCUUUCGACAAUCCAAUGAUCGACGUAUAGGCUUCCGCGAUUUGCAAGCACGUAUUCGUCUCAGUAGCCUCUUUUAUGGUUAUCCACUCGAUAAAAAUAGAGGAUCCGCUUUUUUUAUUGAUCAGAAUUUCCAUUUGUACAUGAUUGUCUUUAACAAUCUUACAAAAGAAACAUCGAUUCAUUUGAUUAGUGAACUUAUUCAACCCAUUGGACCUAUACCUUCAUUUACUGAACCUGAUAGCUCAGUACCCUUAGACCUUCAGUUACCUUCAGUGAUAGCACUGGGUCGAGAUCUGCUAUUAGUUUCAAAUGGAGUAGGUGACAUUGAAUUGAUAGGUAUUGAAGAGACACAGCUGGGACAAUUUGUAGGUGCUUCAUUAGCUACUGUAGCUUAUCCUGGAACUGGGGAUGAAGGUAUUUCACCUGUUCCUUGUGUUCUAUUGACGGGACAACGCACGGCCGCUACAAUCACCUUUCUUGUCUACAGUCGUGCUAAUGCUAAACAAAAGACAGAAUUUAAUAUUGCCAUGAUGGAAAUGGAUUUACCCAAUACAAAUGAUGAUACGAUUGUGAUUCAUCCUAGAGUGUUAUUUAUCUUGAGAGGCUCUGAGGUUCCGGUCUAUUACUCGAUAACACCAAAUGGUCGAUUGGUUUUGGGUAGUGAAACACGCUUUCAACGUAUUUCACUGUCAGAGGUAGAAGAUCAAGAAGAGAUGAUGGAUAUUGACAGAAAGCCAGUAACAUCACCCGCCUAUCAAUGGAGUCAAGAGGGACCUGAUAUGACGGUGAUGUUCAAGCUACCUUCAGGUACACCCAAAUCCUCCAUUAAUUGUAAAUUUGUAAAGGAUCACCUCAGUCUAUUAGUAAAUGAACAAAUCUCAUAUCCAUAUCGUAAAUUAUGGAGUACCAUUCGACCAGACGAUUGUCUUUGGACGCUUGAAGAUGAUACGUUGACAUUAUUCCUAACAAAAGAAGAUGAAAGGACACGAUGGCCACAACUCUUUGAUCAUGAUGAUGGUAUUCUAGAGACCUUAACACCGCUUCGACUCGAAGAAAUCAAGCAACAUAUGAAUAAAUUCACACAAGAUCCAAAUGAGGGAAUCCCUACUGGAAUGGCACCACCACCACCACCACCUUCACAACAUCCAGCAGCGACAGAUAUGGAUGAAGAUAUUGAUGAAGAAGGACACCCCGUGUUGUUUACCGUCUAUAGUCGUGAUGGACAGGUAAAAGAUGAAAUUGAGAACCGAUCCAAUUGGCUAUGUAGUGCCUUUACCAGUAGUUCACACAUGACAUCUGUUUGUCUUCAAUCUGAUGUAGAUGGGCUUGUGUUUAGUCUAAGAGAAGAAGAGGGUAAAUUAGAGGUUCAACAUGAGACUACCUUGGAUGCCUUUGCCUUUGUACAGGCAUCUAAACGAGAUGCAAGAUUUAUUCACCAUGAUCCUAAUGGUGAAUUCAGUGCGAUUAUCGAAAGUAAUCGUAAUGCAUAUCUCUAUUAUCAUGCUGGUCGAGCAUUCAUUAAAAAGCAGUCAUUAAUAGAUUUAACAAGAGGUGAAGGAGAUGUACUUGGUGUACAAUUGAUACUUUCAGGAACAAUCAUGGUUUUGACCGAAACUGAAGUCAUUGUCAUCUUAACACUUUAA